ACCUUACCCUCGCCUGGCUCGACUCAGCGCCAGGGCUCAUGCGCGCCCCUUUCUACCCCUCCCGGACACAUAGCUCACACUGGCUCUGGGCGGGUCCUGCAGGGGUGGCAGGGCUCCUCCUCCUCCUGAUACUCCUCCUCUUUCCCCUCUCUAUCAGGACCUGCCUCUGAGGUGCUCUCGCGCAAACUGUGCUCCUCUGGCUCCCCUCCAUCAGCUCCUAGCAAUGGUGGCCAGGCGCUCGGUGUUCCUCUUAUACCUAGCUUUUUCCUUGGUCACGCUGGUCCAGAGAGGAUAUGGAGAUCCAGAGGAUGCAUUGAAGGAAAAUUCCUCAGUAAAGCAGAGAUGGGACCAUGUCAGAACUACAACCAAGAGGCCAGGAACUACCACAGCUCCAGCAAAGCCUGCAGCAAGUGAUUUUGACUUGGCUGAUGCUUUGGAUGGUUGGAAUGAUCAAGAUGAUGGCCACAGGAAACCAAAUGUAGGAGGAAGAGGUAUUUCAGACAAGGAUCUCGAAGAUGUAUUAAGGGGUGGUGACUACAAACCUGACAAGGGUAGAGGUGACAGCCGGUAUGGCAGCAAUGAUGACCCUGAAGCCGGAAUGUCGCCAGAGACUGGUACCAUUGCUGGCGUGGCCAGUGCUCUGGCCAUGGCUCUGAUUGGUGCUGUCUCCAGCUAUAUCUCCUACCAGCAGAAGAAGUUCUGCUUCCGCAUUCAGCAUGCAGCAGAAGGUCAAGAGGGUCUCGAUGCAGACUACGUGAAGGGAGAGAACCUGGAAGCUGUUGUGUGUGAAGAACCCCAAGUGAAAUACUUAGAGCUGCCGCCACAGUCCUCAGAGGCACCACAGCCCCAGCCACCCAGGAUCUGAGGGCCCCUCCUAGCAGUGGGCACACAGUGGUGCUGCCACAGAAGACCAAGCUCAUUUCAUUUGGACCUACAGCUGCUGUACUGCUCCUUUGAUACCACUGGCUUCUUGUUCUAAGUUUUCUGGAUGAGCUCUGGGUAUUUGUGAGUUUGAUUUCUGUGCCCUGCACACAGGGUGGGGUGCCUGCCAUGCCACAGGCACCCUGAAGAGACUUGGUGUUGAAAUUCAGCCCUGGAAGUUGCUGGGUCACAAGCUGCCCAAAGGCAGCCUAUCCCAGGCCUUAGUGAGCUGGGGACAGAGACCAAGCUAAGGGAGGGCAAAACAGUUUUUAUACUUAGGGGACAAGAGACGUAUCACAGGGUAGUGUGAUCCCCGACACUGGCAGCCCUUGGUGUGACCUCAGAGAGCUGUUGGGGAGCCUAGCUAGCUAGUACCCAGUGCUUAGCACCCCUGUAAUGAAAGAACCAGUGAACACUAGGUAACAUUGUACACAUACAACACCCUGGUAAGGAUGGGAGUGGGUGGGUCAUUUGGGUCCUCUUCAGUUCCAGCUUUGAUGCUCACUGCUGGGCUUCCAGAGAGCUGGUCCACAUGGAGAUUUUUCAUUUAAGUACAAACAUGCAUGCCAUAAUAGACUGCCUUGAGGGUUUAGGAAUCCUCUGGACAAGUAGCAGCUGUGACUCUCAGGUCUAAUUCCCAUCUGAUUCCAUAGGGGACUGGGUGUGGUCUGUAGACUGACAUUGUUAGUUUUUAGGAAUCAUUUAUAUACUAGAAAUGCAUUUUAUCCUGGGCAGGGGGGGGUGUCACCCUCUAUCCUGUUUGUGUUUUCAUUUUGCUAGCGAAUAGACAUCAUGAAUCAGCAUCAAAACCAGAGCAUGCUGUUACUUGCUUAGAAAUAUAUUUGAGGGGGAUAGGAGGGGAGGGGAGGUGAGAGGAAGGAUGUUUGCUUGCUUUAGUGAUAUACACCUGACUUGGAAAAUUUGUAGCUACUCUGUCUGCCAUGUUGGUGAUGAAUGAGCGCUGGGUGCCUGCUCACUAUGGUAAACACCGUUGGCCCUGGCCCCUCACCUGGCCUGCUGCUGUCUGGUUUGGGCUAGAGCGAAGCUGGCUUCCUGUUCAGCCCACAUGUGGUCCUGUCCCUGUGAGCUCUGCUGUCAAAGGCUGACGUAGAGUCUAAAGCCAUGAUCUAUUGAUAAUCAUUUUGCAGUGUCAAAAAUCAGUUCUGAAAGCAUAAUAUAGGUCAGCAGGAAGGACAUAAGUUCAUGUGCCUCUGCCCUACAAGGGAGGCCUCAUGAAUUCCACAGGCUGUAUGUUAGCUCCUUGUCUGCUGUGCUGGGAUGAGACGAAACUCCAACUUGUUAAGGAAAUAGUCUAAAUCUGAACAGACCCCUUAGGUUAUCUGAUGCCUGCCUUGUGUGUUCAUUUUAGUGCUUGCUUUAAAAACAUACUCUUGGGGUGGUAAUAAUUGCAGUGAGUGGUUCAAUGUUGUCCUUUGGACCUAUUCCCAUUGCAGGCCUUCAGGUCCUAAAAUGCCUUCUCCCCUGUGGGGUACAUCGCAGACAGGUCAGGAAUGUGUGUCCUCAAGGGGGCAUGGAGCACUGAGGAUACACUUCUGUAUGGUACUGUGGAGGCAGAAAAAUGUGACCUCCCCAUGCUCCAGGAGAUUGAGCAGGGGAGGCAGUGGUUGUGAGGUAUGCCUGUUUCCAGCCCCUCCCAGCCCCUCCCAGUAGCUAGAUUGUUGUCACUUUUGCUGGGCUUGUUCCUCCCAAGGAUGGCAAGAGCUGAUGGCCUCUUCCCCUGACCAGUACUGGGUAGGAGGUAGCUAUGAAGGCUUUUUGCAUCAAUGGCUUGUUGCCAUGUAGACAGGAUGACCUCAGGACUCAGUGAAGGCAGGAAUCAGAGGGAUCACAUUAGGAUGUCUGAGUACCAAGACCCCUGAGGCAUUUUAAAGGAUUAAAAAAUACGGGCAGCACUUGCUUAUGGUAAAAUAUUUCUCCUCCCUGCCACUAGGAAGUGUAGGCAUUUAUGGAAAAGUCUGUCACAAUAGCGAGUAGUAUGAGGAGUGAUGUAACCUGUGUGUCUUGGCAUGGCCAGGCAUGGCACUGGUCCUGGGCAGUUGGGCUUCUCCACUGGGGGGCCAGAAGCCAGGUGCCUGCCCCUACCUGUCCCUUUAGCUUUAACCUGAGGCUUGUGAUGGGAAACAGCCUGCUGUCUUCCAGUUGUGAUGAGAAGUCAACACACUCUGUGAAGCCAUCUUCUCAGCAGCAGAGACUUCAGUUGGCAAACCCAUUUUAUUUCCUCCUCAGCUAUCUGGGUGCCUUCUACAGAAUGCCCACAGCCCAGUGCCCAGACCUGCUCCUAGUGGCUGGCCAUGCCUGAAAGGUCACUCAGCCACUCAUUUGUAGAGUUCUCAUCCUGGGGCAGCAGGGGAUGGGGGAGGAUUAACACCUGCCAAAGCCUACGGGGCUCUUGUAACUGUGUGGUUAACUUAAAGUUGCAUGGGCCAGCAUGGGCCUGUCCUAGGUGACAGGGGAGAUAAAGAGAGUGAAUUAGUAGGGUCGAUUGAAAAUAGCCAAUCUGUAUCAGCCUAAUGUGGUGAAGGGGGGGCAGUGUUAACAAUAACUGAGCACAUGGAAGAAGGAGAUAUGGCACCUUUGUGGAGUGAGGUACCCUCCAGGGUCAGACCCACAGAACAGUGCCAGGUCCACUACCUUGGCAACCUUGAGGUUAGUACCAGUUCUCUAGGAAGAAGAAAUAGAGACUGAUCUCAGAAUCGCCGGUACUUUUUAUGUGCUUGUAUUUAAAUGUGAAUUGUAAUCUGUCUCGUCUUUGCAUUAAACAAAAUGGAACCUAACAGCUGAUUGCCUUGUGAUGGCGUUUAAGGCACUUUCUUUGUCAAGUGAUGCUGUUUCUUAAUUUACGAUAUGGAGCUGACCCUCCUCCACAUCCUCCCCAGCCACAUGUGUUUCUCUAGAAGGUGAGAGGAGGCUUAGGGCUUCCAGGGGGCAGCCCCCUCAGGGUACAAGGAGCUAAGGCCUGAUGUUGGGUGGGGGGAGGACAGAGGCAGGCCCCAGACUCACAACUCCCAAGACCAUUACUCCGCAUUCUUCGAAGAAAGGCAGUAUCUAGGGAGGAUGCAAGGUCUGUACAGUGGUUUCAGCCAUAGAAAGCUGAGCAGGGAUGCAGACCCCUGUGCCCUGCUACUCACUGCAGCUGUGUGCAGAAUGGUCUAUUUGGGAUCAAGGGUGCCCUUGUCAUGACCUGACAGCUGGGAUUAAAAACUGAAAA